UGUGACGAGAGAUCGACGGCCAGUCCUAGUCCUGGUCACGUGGUAUUGGCCGUUGUCACGGCAACCGUAAACAGCAGCGCACACAUCUGAGCAUCUUUCCGUUUUGACUGAAACACUUGGAAACAAAGUGACACAGAAACAUGUCGGAUGUAGGAUCUGAUGAGUUUGAUGAUGAACGCAGUAAACUCGGGGAAUAUGACGGGGACAGAAAUGGAGCAGGAGAGAGGCACGGAGUCGGUAAAGCUGUUCUGCCGAACGGAGACAUUUAUCAGGGGCAGUACGAGAGCGGCAGGCGGCACGGACAGGGGACAUAUCGCUUCAAGAAUGGGGCAAGAUAUGUGGGAGACUAUUACCAGAACAUGAAACAUGGACAGGGCACCUUCUCCUAUCCAGAUGGCUCUAAAUAUGAAGGGUCCUGGGUUGAGGACCUGAGACAGGGUCAUGGUUUCUACACUUACCCAAAUGGAGACACAUAUGAUGGAGAGUGGCUGCAUCAUAUGAGGCAUGGCCAGGGCAUUUACCACUACCACAAAACUGGCUCAAAGUACAAGGGCUCAUGGGUAAAUGGCAAGAUGGAGUCAGCUGGAGAGUACAUCCACUCUAACAGCAGAUACAAGGGUAACUUUGUCAACAAUAAUCCAUGCGGCCCGGGGAAGUAUGUGUUUGACGUUGGCUGUGAGCAGCACGGUGAAUACCACCAAGCAGAGCAGGGCCGAGCUGAGGGUGAGUGGGGCGAAUUGGCCUCCACCACCGUCCUCAAGUGGAUUCCCAAGUGUGUGACCGGCCUGACGCUGUGGACUCCAGGCGAACACACUUCAGGUGGGGAAAAGGAAACCGCUUCGGCAGAGAACUGACCUGUGAGAUCAAUCCACAAUCCUGCAUCUUUCACAAUAUGUUUACAAAGCAAAAUAACAUAAAUAUAUUUAUGAAUAUGUAA